AUGGAAGUUACCAACUUCGCCAUGCAGGCAAACAUUCCGUUCGACUUCACCCAGAGCAUGGCCUCAUUCAGGUCAACUUGGUACGCAAUGAUGGCUCGCCUGCCCUUGUGGCUUGGUAACGUUUUGUGCGAAUACCAUGAUGUGUUUUCGAGUUCUCCGACCGACUUUGGAUGUUGUUCGCUUUUUCCUUUUAAGCUUACAGUUCCUCCUGGCAGCGCACCCGUCACGUCUCGCCCCUACCGCGUUAAUCCCCCGGUGGCGAAACAAGUUGACGCGAUUCUUGACCAAUAUCUUGCGGCAGGUUUGAUCCAACAUUCGACCUCGCCUUACUCGAGCCCUUUGGUAGUCAUACCGAAGAAAUCUGGUAGUGUUCGCAUCACCGUCAAUUAUCGCAAGCUCAACAAGCUUUUUGCUUUUAGUCAGCCUCCGAUUCCUCGAGUCGAUGAUACUUUGGACAAUUUGUUGAAAGGGCGAAUUUAUUCCCUUUUCGACAUGAAAUCUUCGUUCCACCAAAUCACGGUGCACCGCGAUACAAUCCCUUUGACGGCAUUCGUGACGUGUUCCGGGCUUUUCGAUCAUCAACUCCGCGGUGUUGCAUCGUACUUGGAUGAUUUGAUCGUCUUUGAUGACACCCCUACUACUCAUGUUGGUACCAUGCGCGCACUCUUUGAUUGCUUGCGUACGCACAACUUGAAAUUCACGCCUCCGAAAGCUACUAUUGGCGCUACUGAAGAAGACUUCCUCGGACACACCAUCUCCCCUGACGGCGUUAGGCCUAACGGUGCCAAGGUUUCGGCCCUCACCAAAAUGCCUAUGCCCAGGGAUGUCAAGCAACUACGUUCCCUUCUCGGUGGUCUCAACUACUACCCUAAGUUCCUCCCCAACAUGGCUAAACACAUUCGACCUCUGACUACUCUACUCAAGAAGCAGGAGAAGUUUAUCUUCACCCCUUCCAUGGAGCAAGCCGUUUGCGUUUUAUUAGCUGAGUUGGCCAAUCCCCCUGUUUUGGUUUAUCCAGAUUGGGAUGCUGUUUCAGACGGCUCGCGACCUUUUCACCUUCACUGUGAUGCUAGUCGCGAUGGGUUUGGUGGGACACUCGAACAAGAACAGCCAGAUGGUUCCCUUCGCCCAAUUGUCUUCAUCAGUCGGGCUACUUUGGACUCAGAACGCCACUGGACUCCCCUCGAUCUCGAGGCGGGUAGCAUCGUGUGGUGUAUCAAGCGCCUUCGCGGCUACUUGUGGGGUACAAAGUUUCGCAUUUUUACCGACCACAAAUCUCUCGAGCAUUUUGCUAAGGUGGGGGAGAACAAUGCCCGCGUUCAGCGCUGGCUGGAAUUUCUUACCGCCGACAACUACACUCUCGAGUAUCGCAAGGGUUCCGCAAAUGGCAACGCUGAUUUCCUCUCACGCCUCCCAGUCGCUGCGGCUGAAUGCGACUGUUNUCACUUUCGAGUAUCGCAAGGGUUCCGCAAAUGGCAACACUGA